AUGGAUGAUGAACAAAUAGUAUGUAGAUAUAGACUUUCACGCCCAAUGAUACUAGAUUUAUGUAGAAUGUUCCAAACAGCCCUAGCAAGGCCAACAGCAAGAUCUCGUGCCUUUCCAGUUUCAUUCCAAAUCAUGGUUGCACUCAUAUUUUAUGCCACUGGAAGCUUUCAGAUGGUCAAUGCUGAUGUCCAUAACAUAUCUAGACCAAGUGUAUCUAAAAUAACACGUGAUGUAACUGCAUGUUUAAAGAGGGUUUGUAAUGACUAUAUAAAGAUGCCAACUGACCAGGCUGGACUUCGCAACAUCAUGAGAGGUUUUCAUGAAAAAACAGACUUUCCAAGUCUAGUCGUAAAUGUUAUCACUUAUGACAGUCAUAAGAGCAUCUCAGCAAAACUAUGCUAUCAUACUAUCGACUCCAAACUUACUCAUCCCAGAAAGAUUGAUGAAGAUAUUAUGAGAGAGAAAAGAUCUAAAGACGAUGAUAAUAGUAAAUGUUGUAAUGGUGUAUUAGGUUAUGCAUCAAACCAAGCCCAGAUGCCAGUAACCUGCCCAGAUAUGAAAUGUUGUAAUCAAAGUGAAACUGUAGCAGUUGUUCCAAUAGAAGACGCUUUUGGGUUUAGAUUUCGUUGUUUGCCGAAAACUAGAAUUCGUCCAGUAUGUUAUCAGCCCGGUACUGAAGUUCGUUCUAGUAACCAGGAUGCUGAUCAUAUACCACGUGCCUGUUGUGAAGGCGCUAAAUUUGAAAUAGAACUCAAUAAAUGGUACGCUGCUAUGUCAGUGAAAUGUGUAUUGAGGUAGCGAUUAUGACCUCUAGUUCUUAGUUUCAAUUAUCAGGACCAAGGCCAGAUUUCCCUUCUGAAUACGGAAUUGAUUAGUCGUUCUAGCAUACAGUGUUUUAUGAGGUGAACGUCGAUCUUGAAACUUUGUGAGUUGUGUAAUAACUACUACAGUAAAGUUGGACAUGGACAUAGAAAUCUGGUAUUGUGCCUUCAACAUGUAUCUGAAAUAGGAUUAAUGGUGAUAAGAAUGUGGUAUUGGAUGUAAUGACAGACUGAAGGAAAUCACUGGAACGGACUUUUGAUUUAAUUAUUAUACAUUUUGUACAUAUCAAAAUUAUAUUUUCCUACACACAUUUUCACAAACAUAUCAAUUCUAAACUAAGCUAUAAUUUUAACUAUUCACCAUAUUUUUCAACAGUAUCAUUAUUAAUAUCUUUAUAGUCUAUAAAUGAUUUGAAAAAAAAAAUGCAUUUUAUUGAAGGUUAUAUAAGAUUAGUCAAAUUCCAUGUGAGUUUUAAUAUGUGAUAUGUUUCACGUUUGAUUUUGGAUUCAUUACGGCUAAUCCGUGCUUACUAAAACACGAACCGACCAGAAAAGUGUCGUUUUCGUGUAGAUAGUUGCCACUUGCACACACGAAAGUAAGAAUUUAUAUAGCAAUGUUAGAGUCUACUCUUCGGUUAAUCUAUUGUAUUUAGCAUAAUCAUAAUGCGUUUCGGUUGUGAAUAAUUUUGUACAUAGCUUGUAUAGUAUUAGAUUCUUUCUUGCUAAAUCACAAUUUUAUAUACAAUUGUAAAUAUGACAUGCACUAUACUAAUAAAGAUUAACAAGUUCCCAUUG